AUGGCACAUGCGGCAGCACACCUGAAAAAGGCUCGAGAACUGGAACAACCUCCUGAGCUGAAGGCUCUCGAAAAAGCCAGAGAGAGACGCAAGAGACACAGAGAGAGAGAAGAGCGCAAACGCAAGUCGGACAGUAAUACCAGCUUCCUUAGAGCAGCCAGGGCAGGUAAUAUAGAAAAGGUGCUGGAGUUCCUUAAGGGCGGACAAGACAUUUCCACCUGCAACCAGAAUGGACUUAAUGCGCUCCAUUUAGCUGCCAAAGAGGGUCACAUAGAGCUGGUGGAAGAACUUCUGGGGAGGGGUGCUGCCGUGGACUCUGCAACAAAGAAAGGAAACACUGCCCUGCACAUCGCCUGUCUUGCUGGACAGAAGGAAGUUGCAAAGUUGUUGGUGACAAAAGGAGCUGAUGUAAAUGCCCAAUCACAGAAUGGUUUCUCUCCGCUCUACAUGGCUGCUCAAGAGAAUCACCUGGACGUGGUGCGAUAUCUUCUGGAGAAUGGAGGCAACCAGAGCACGGCCACAGAGGAUGGCUUCACUCCUUUGGCCAUUGCUCUACAGCAGGGUCAUAAUCAGGUGGUCUCUCUGCUCCUGGAGCAUGACACCAAAGGUAAAGUCCGCCUGCCUGCGCUUCACAUCGCUGCUCGCAAGGAUGACACCAAGUCUGCUGCUCUGCUGCUCCAGAAUGACCAUAAUGCUGAUGUCCAGUCCAAGAUGAUGGUCAACAGAACUACAGAGAAUGGAAAGAGUGGCUUCACUCCUCUUCACAUUGCUGCUCACUACGGUAAUGUUAAUGUGGCUACACUGCUGCUGAACAGAGGGGCAGCUGUGGACUUCACAGCCAGGAAUGGCAUAACCCCUCUCCAUGUUGCCUCCAAACGAGGAAAUACCAACAUGAUUGCCCUGCUGCUGGAUAGGGGGUCUCAGAUUGAUGCCAAGACUAGGGAUGGACUGACACCGCUACACUGCGGAGCCAGGAGUGGACAUGACCAGGCAGUUGAGAUACUGCUUGAGAGAGGAGCUCCCAUACUGGCAAGAACCAAGAACGGGCUGUCCCCACUGCACAUGUCUGCUCAGGGUGAUCAUGUGGACUGUGUGAAACAUCUGCUGCAACACAAGGCACCUGUUGAUGAUGUCACACUGGACUACCUGACUGCCCUACAUGUUGCUGCCCACUGUGGUCACUACAGAGUUACCAAAUUACUGCUGGACAAGAAAGCUAACCCUAAUGCCAGAGCACUGAAUGGCUUCACUCCUCUGCAUAUUGCCUGCAAGAAGAACAGAGUGAAAGUAAUGGAACUGCUGGUUAAAUAUGGCGCCUCAAUCCAAGCCAUCACUGAGUCUGGCCUGACGCCAAUCCAUGUUUCUGCAUUUAUGGGGCACCUCAAUAUCGUCCUCCUCUUGCUACAGAAUGGAGCCUCACCUGAUGUCUAUAAUAUUCGUGGUGAGACAGCAUUGCACAUGGCUGCAAGAGCAGGACAGAUGGAGGUGGUGCGAUGUUUGCUAAGGAACGGCGCUCUAGUGGAUGCCAUGGCCAGAGAGGAUCAGACUCCCCUUCAUAUUGCAUCUCGUCUGGGUCAGAUAGAGAUAGUACAGUUGCUACUGCAGCACAUGGCUCAUCCUGAUGCCUCCACCACUAAUGGAUACACACCUCUGCACAUCUCCGCCCGUGAGGGUCAGUUGGAUACGGCUGCAGUGCUGCUGGAGGCCGGAGCAUCUCACUCACUAGCCACAAAGAAAGGCUUCACUCCUUUACAUGUUGCUGCUAAGUAUGGAAGCUUAGAUGUGGCAAAACUCCUCCUACAGCGCAGAGCUCUUCUUGAUGAUGCCGGAAAGUAUGGUCUUACACCGCUACAUGUAGCUACUCACUAUGAUAACCAGCAGGUGGCGAUGUUGCUAUUGGAUAAAGGGGCUUCUCCUCAUGCAACCGCAAAGAAUGGCUAUACACCUCUGCACAUUGCAGCAAAGAAGAACCAAACCCAUAUUGCCUCUACCCUGUUGCAGUAUGGAGCAGAGAAUAACGCAUUAACCAAGCAGGGUGUGAGCCCUUUACACCUGGCCUCUCAGGAGGGUCACACAGAAAUGGCCUCCCUCCUUCUGGAGAAGGGUGCACAUGUCAAUGCUGCCACUAAGAGUGGUCUUACACCUCUUCACCUCACUGCUCAGGAGGACAGAGUGCAGGUUGCUGAAAUACUGGUCAACCAUGAUGCAAAUGUAGACCAGCAGACCAAACUGGGCUACACUCCACUUAUUGUGGCUUGUCACUACGGAAAUGUCAAAAUGGUUAACCUCCUUUUGCAAAAUGGUGCUAAUGUCAAUGCGAAAACAAAGAAUGGAUACACACCACUUCAUCAAGCAGCUCAGCAGGGAAACACACAUAUUAUCAAUGUCCUACUGCAGCAUGGGGCCAAGCCUAAUGCUGUCACAAAGAACGGGAACACCGCUCUCUCUAUUGCUAAGCGUCUGGGGUACAUCUCAGUGGUGGACACUCUGAAAGUUGUUACUGAGGAAAUGGUCACAACGACAACUACGGUGACAGAGAAACACAAACUGAAUGUUCCAGAGACAAUGACAGAGGUUCUGGAUGUUUCUGAUGAAGAGGGUGAGGACACAAUGACUGGUGAUGGAAGUGAGUACCUGAGAGCAGAGGACCUGAGAGAAUUGGGUGAUGACUCACUGCCUGGGCACUACCUGGACAGCAUGAGCUACAACCACAACCUAGACCGGUCGCAUGAUACCCCCAGUCAUCUCAGCUACAGGGGUGAAGGAAUGCUGAUUGAGGACAUGAUCACCAGCCACCAGAUUAAAAGGGUAUCUGCUUUCUCUCGAGGCAAUGAGAAAGACUCAUAUCGACUGAGCUGGGGUACUGAACAUCUUGAUAACGUAGUGCUAACCAGUACUCUUCUGCAGUCAGGCAGAUCUACCCCAUGCCUUGACCAUGACAACAGCAGCUUCCUCGUUAGUUUCAUGGUGGAUGCCCGAGGCGGAGCUAUGCGUGGCUGUCGACAUAAUGGACUACGAAUUAUUGUGCCGCCUAGAAAGUGCUCAGCACCUACAAGGGUCACAUGUCGUCUGGUAAAGAGGCACAGACUGGCAUCUAUGCCCCCUAUGGUAGAAGGAGAGGGACUUGCAGGCAAGAUCAUUGAAGUUGGGCCUACCGGAGCCCAAUUCCUUGGUAAACUCCACCUUCCAACAGCCCCUCCUCCUCUAAAUGAGGGAGAGAGUCUUGUGAGCAGAAUUCUGCAGCUGGGUCCGCCCGGCACCAAAUUCCUCGGGCCUGUAAUAGUGGAGAUUCCCCACUUUGCUGCAUUGCGUGGUACAGAGAGAGAAUUGGUGAUUCUGCGCAGUGAGACAGGAGAGAGCUGGAGAGAGCAUCACUGUGAUCAUACAGAAGAGGAGCUCAAUCAGAUACUCAAUGGCAUGGACGAGGAACUGGACCCUCCAGAGGAGCUUGAGAAAAAACGAAUCUGCCGCAUCAUCACACGCGAUUUCCCACAAUACUUUGCAGUGGUGUCCCGCAUAAAGCAGGACAGUCACCUGAUUGGUCCAGAGGGUGGGGUGCUGAGCAGCAAGCUUGUUCCUCAGGUCCAAGCUGUGUUCCCAGAGGGAGCACUAACCAAACGGAUACGAGUGGGACUACAGGCCCAGCCCAUCAGUGAGGAUCUGGUGAGGAAGAUUCUGGGAAACAAAGCCACAUUCAGCCCAAUUAUUACCUUGGAACCCAGAAGACGCAAGUUUCACAAGCCCAUCACCAUGACAAUUCCUAUUCCCAAAAAUUCAACUAGUGAUGGGACAGACAAUACACCUACUCUACGACUGCUAUGUAGCAUUACUGGUGGUACUACUCCAGCACAAUGGGAAGACAUAACUGGAUCCACACCACUAACAUUCAUCAACCACUGUGUUUCAUUUACAACUAAUGUAUCUGCAAGGUUCUGGCUUAUAGACUGCCGUCAGAUCCAGGAGUCUGUGAACUAUUCCACUCAACUGUAUCGUGAGAUCAUCUGUGUCCCCUAUAUGGCCAAGUUUGUCAUCUUUGCCAAAACAUUUGACCCAAUCGAAGCACGACUGCGCUGCUUCUGUAUGACGGAUGACAAGAUGGACAAAACUCUGGAGCAGCAAGAGAACUUCACUGAAGUGGCCCGUAGCCGAGAUGUUGAGGUAUUAGAGGGAAAGCCAAUCUUUGCUGACUGCUUUGGAAAUCUGGUCCCACUGACCAAAAGUGGACAGCACCAUGUCUUCAGUUUCUAUGCAUUUAAGGAAAAUCGUCUUUCUCUCUUCAUCAAAAUUCGUGACAGCGCUCAAGAACCAUGUGGCAGAUUGUCUUUUACAAAAGAGCCAAGAACGUAUCGCAGUCUAAACCACAAUGCAAUAUGCAACCUGAACAUUUGCCUACCUGUCUACUCAAAGGAAUCUGAUUCCGAUCAAGAUGCAGAUGAAGAGAGUCAGAAGACACAUGAAAAAUUGGACUGGCAUGAUGAUGCAGAUAGGAAAGAAGAGAUUUUGGCCAUUAUUGCUGACCUUCUAGGUUUUAGCUGGACUGAGCUGGCCAAAGAGCUGGAGUUUAAUGAAGAUGCGAUUCAGCAAGUUCGUGCUGAAAACCCAAAUUCACUACAAGAGCAAAGUCAUGCCCUUCUACAGCACUGGGUAGAGAGAGAAGGAAAACAUGCAACUGAAGAUACAUUGAUUAAAAGACUUACUAAAAUUAACCGCAUGGACAUCGUCCAUCUAAUUGAGAUUCAAUUGCACAAGUCAGUCCAGGAGCAAACCUCAAGAACAUAUGCAGAGAUAGAGAGGACCCUGGAUCACAGUGAAGCUCUCUCCUCAGUCCAAGAGGAUGUUGACAGUCUUCAGGUUGUGCGGAGAGUGGAGUCAUCACAAAGGCAUCCUCCAGCCGUGUCAGAAGAAGACUUAUCAGUGGCCUCUCUCCUUGACAUUCCUUCAUGGGCUGAAAUGAUGGGAAAUACCCAUUCAGAGAGCAUUCAUGAAGAUCUGAUGGAGGAACUGGAGAUCAACGAGGAGAGUUGCACCAAUUUAUGGCUACCCAAAGAGGUCAAGAAAGAAUCUUCAAAUGAAGCUGCAAAUGGUGAUGAUGUUGCAGAUAUUCCUCCACACUCUGUAACCGAAGAGCAAUACACAGAUGCACAGGGAAACUUUGUAGUAAAGAAGGUGACCCGGAAGGUGAUUCGACGAUGUGUCUCAUCUGAUGGUGCAGAGAAAGAACAGGUGAGGGUGGAGGGCUCCACUCAGCAGCCUGUCAGUGUGGCACAGAGUGAUGGGUUUUCCAAAGUAAUGAAGAGGACAGUACUGAAGAGUGAAGGACAUCAAACAGAGGUGACUUUCCAUGAGAAAGACAGCAUGUCAGCCUCAAAGGAGGGGCCUGCUGGAGGUCAAGAGGUCAGGAAGGCUGCCCAGACAACGAUGGUACAUGGAGAAAUAAUGGAGAAGCACGAGGGGGAUCCAUUCCUCGCCACAGACCUGCCCUCUGCACGAGAUGACUUCACCCAGGCUCUAAGCUACUUUGGGGGCUUUAGGAAGGUGCAGAUUCCUCGAGUGAUAGAGCAGGAAAUACUUCAGCCUGAUGGAUCUGUGAUCAGGAGGACGAGGAUGCAGAAGUCUAGAACUCAGAGGCGGUCAGUAGUGAGGGAUGCUGGGGGACAGAAGCGUGUGUGCGUGGAGCAGAUAGAAGAUUGUCCUGAGCACCAUGACAACCUACAGCAUCACAUCCAUCAACUUAUUCACCACUACUGUGCCCAAAAUGACAGAGAGAAAGAGAUGGACGAAGCUGAAGAAAAGUGAUGCUUUCCCCCUUAAUUUUCCUUCCCCAUUCUCUAUCGAUCUUCUCUUUGAGCACCUCCCACCUACCCACCCUAUGCACCAUGCUCAUGCAAUCCCAGAGUGCACUUCACUCACAGUCUUCCUGUCAAAACUGGUUGUUUGACCAGUUUAAGUCAAUGGACAAUAUUUUCACUCUCUUUACUCUCUUUCACUCCCAGUUCGCCAUAUGUGUUUUUUUCUGCCUUUCAUUGUGACCAAAAGGGUGUAUGCUUCCUUUCGUUUCUUCAUUUUAAUCCAUUGUUUCUCUUUAAUAACUUAAUAGCUGCAAAGAACACGAAACAAAAAAAAAAAGAAGGGGUUUUUCCGAGCAGAAAACUGUUCACUCUCAAAUCUUAAUCGUUCAUAUUCUGAACAUUUAAGCUUGAAUUAACAGAACUUGUAUUGCACUGCCUACCACGAUUAUUGAACUUAAAAUAUCUUUGCAUUAUAUCAUGCCACAUCAUGACAUGCUCUUGAGAUGUCUUAAAACUUCUUGCCUUCUUUAUCAGCUGCUGGGGUGUUGUGUGUCUGUGUAAUCUGUCAAUGGAGAGUAUAUAUAAUAUGCAUUUUUUAAAAGACAGUAGUGCACAUUAUCCACCUGUAAGGAUAUUAGCAGGCAUGCUUAGCUAGCAGCAGUCACAUAAUAACAGUCAGACUCUUUCUAUGGUUAGAUGACUGUCAAUUUUGUCUCACUGUCAUCUCACCCCUCUCUCUUUGUGUCUGUGAUCUGUAGCAACCCUACCCUCAUAAUUAUCAUUACUGGACUUCUAACAUUUCAACACAGGCUUUUUGUUGUAAUAGGUCACUUUAACAUUUGCUUAUGGUUUAAAAUGUUCUUUGAGGUAAUGUGGCAAGCAUUUUAAGAAGGACUCAGGAAGUUAAGUUGGAAUGCUCUUGGAUUUUUAUUCAAUGAGGCAAACUACAUGUUGAAUGUUAAACAUGCAAUUCUAUUUUCAGUUUUAACUAAUUCAUCAAUUCUGUUUUCAGUUAGAAUUCAUGCUUUCUUUAUGGGUGUGUGUGUGAGUGUGUGUAGAUGUGAAAAGGAAAUUUGAGAUUUUAUUUUUCAAUUAUAUUACUUUCUCUGUCUUGUAUAUAUUGCUCAAUAUCAGUAUGUGUCAGAGAUUAUUGCUCUGAGGUAUUUGUGAGAUUUAAUGCUUUCAAAAUGUUUUGUUGGUUUUGAAAGUGAGUAAAAGGGGUUUAAAAAAAAUUAUGUUUUAUUUAUGUUGUAUUUAAUUUAAACGUGUGUCAUAACGAAACGUGCGAAACAGAAUGGAACUGAAUGAAUCUGUGCAUUGUGAUAUACUCAACAUACUGUAUGCCCUUAAGGAUUCACCAAAUCACAAUUGGCUUCAGAUUCCUGGGAAGGAUUGUACAAUGUGAUAUUGUUUGAUUUAUUUCCUAUUUAACUGCAGAUAAAUGCAGCUGUGUUAGUUGAGUUUGUCUUUUGGUGCUGAUCUGUGGCCAGCUGUGCUUUCCCCUUAUAAUAGUUAAGAUUAAAAUAAGGAUGUGGGGAAACUUGCCCUAGAACAGCACUAAAUGUCUUCCUCUAACAAGAGCAAUGUCAUUAGGUUGAACACUGCUACUACUUUCACUGUGACUGGCCUAUGUUUGAUUUACUGAAUCCGCAUUCUGUCUGUGGAGAUAAGAAUAUGCAUAUAUAGUACAUAAAUAUCUAUCCAUAAAGGCAUGUAUUAGUUUACUAUAUGACUUUUAAAAAAGACAUUUUAACACUAUAAAAAGGCUGCAGUGUGUGUAUAUGGCUGAACGAGAAUAAAAGUGUU